AUGGUCGACGUACAACACGCCCCUGCGGAACUGUCUAAUCGAACUCAAGACGCUCGAGAACCGCGGCAAUUAUUUGAGCGACCGAAUCUCUCCCCGUGGGUCGAGCCCGAAACCACCAAAUCGGUUUCUGACUGGGCAGAAUUGGAGACGAUCGAUCUGACCCUACUGGACUCGCAAGACCCUGACGUCCGAGCUACUCUCCUCAAACAGACAAAGAAGGCCUUGAGCGUGGACGGAUUCAUGCUUGUCACCGGUCUAGGUGUCUCUCCGGCUACCAUCGCUCGUCAGCUUGCCAUAGCGCAGCAUUUAACCACUGGGACGCCGCGAGAAGUCAAAGAACGAUUCACGGCCAAGAUGUCGGCGGGAUCUUACCGAGGGUAUAAACUUCAAGGAAUCUGGAACAAGGAAGGCGGAGUCCCUGAUAAUAUCGAGCAUUACAACUUCGAGAGCGAGUCUUUCGCUCAUACCGCCUCUCAACAUCCCGAGACUACCGCCCCCUUCAUACCCGAAAUCGAAGCCUUCGCAAAAUACACAUACCACCAUAUUAUCCGCCGGAUCUUGACGCUCAUCUCGCUGACCCUUGAGCUCGAGCCCGACGCGCUGUGGAAGUUGCACGAUCACCGCUCGCCUAUUGGAGCGGCCUGUCAGCGGUAUAUGAGGUAUACACCUCGGGACAAGGCGGAGGAGGAAGCGACUUCUGGGAUCUGGUCGAAGGGUCAUACGGACUACAACACUGUCUCUCUGCUAUUUUCGCAGCCCGUCACCGCGCUUCAGAUCUUGACCCCUGAAAACGAUUGGAAGUGGGUCAAACACGUUCCUGGAGGUGCCGUCGUGAAUGUAGCGGACGCCCUGGAGUUCCUGUCCGGCGGCGUCCUGAAAGCCACGCGCCACCGGGUCAUCCGCCCCCCAGACGACCAAGCAGGUCUGGUUCGUUAUGUCCUCAUCCAUUUCGCAAGAGCCAAAUUGGACGUCCGUUUGGAUCCUAUCUGGGAAUCGCCAGUCGUCAAGCGGGAGGGCAAGCACGCUUUUCAAAGCAGGAUUGACAGCGGUGAGCCAGCGCCGACUCAGGGGGAGUGGCUUGAAGAGAGGAUCCGAAGGACCGGGAAGGAACAGUAUGACGAGAAGAAGAAUCCGACUGGAAGCGGCCUUGUUCGCGAAAAUAUCCUCGGACGUACCGUCGAGUAUUACGUAUAG